AUGGAUUGUAAUACCAUCUCGAGUAUUUCUCUGAAAGGUGAGUUCUCUUUUGAUCCGGAAAAUUUUCUGGAGCACAUGAUGUAUCAAAAUUUGACGGAACCGAGGAAGAUUCAACUUGAUCACAUUCCCUACUUGAAUUGCGUGUGACGUCCAGGAGUCCGUCGACGAAGAUGUCAGAGGAAUUUGUGAUAAGAUACGUGCACAGCGAUGUGUGCACAUCCAGCCCACUGAGUAUAUGCAAAUCGUCGCCAUGGAGAAGUGGAGGUGCUCUGA